UAAAACCGAGAGCAUUCGUUGUUUGACUACAACUACAUAUUCCUGACCAACAGGUGAGUGCAUGCAAAUUAUUGCCUAAAAUGUCGGUGAUCUCGGUUAUCCAGAUCGUACUCUUAGUUUCCUUUGGAGUCGCUAACGGUGCUGUCAUCCGGGUCCAAACAGAACCGAAAAACGCUUGGAACUAUGACGAUCCGAGUCAAUGGCCCGUUGACUUCCCAACGUGUGGCGGUGAGCAGCAGUCGCCCAUCAACCUCGAUCCUUUAACGGCGGUCGAGUUCGAUUAUCCGACCUUCAGUUUCGCCAACUAUGAUAAAGCUUUCGUCGAAGUUGUCACCAACAACGGCCACACGAUUAUGCUUCAGGUGAAUGAAAAUCUACCCGUUACAGAUCUACCUUACCUGAGUGGAGGUGGCUUGCCGGGAGUGUACUACUUCCAUCAACUUCACUUCCACUGGGGUGGCGAUCUCAGCCGAGGCAGUGAACAUCGCAUUGCCGAUCAACCAUUCCCGGCUGAACUCCACAUUGUCCACUACAAUGAGAAAUACGGAGAUUUCGCCACCGCUUCCGGAUUUCCCGACGGUUUAGCUGUCUUAGGCAUCAUGAUCGAGGAGGAAGCUCACGACAACAUUGCAUUCCGUCACAUUCAACAUUUCGAAACUAUAGCCAAUCCCCUAGACGCCCAAACCUACGACGUGGCGAUCCCGGUUCCACUUGAGGAUCUCAUUCCCGACGAUCCUACGGCUUUCUUCAGAUACGAUGGUUCUCUCACAACGCCCGAAUGCAACGAGUCAGUUUUUUGGACGGUUUUCCAGACUCCCAUCGCCAUUUCAGAGCGUCAGUUGGCCAAAUUCCGAGGGGUAUUUGACGACGAGAGCCGUCCGCUAGAAAACAACUACCGCCCAGUUCAACCAUUGAACACACGCGUUGUGUCUUACCGCCCGUCUAGUCCAGUCGCUUUAAAAUAAAUUCAGUCAAUCAAUCGCCAAAGUCAUCAAAUGUUAUAUCAGAGUCAGCACGCGCUAAAUGUUGAAAUUAUAUUUGAAAUAUGAUUUGAAGUAUAGUCAACGAGUAUACACUACAAAUAAGAAUUGCA